CCACCAAUACGCCAGGAGAGAUGGACAAGCCACUGAUCAGCCGCCGCCUGGUGGACAGUGAUGCCAGCCUUGCCGAGGCUGCCAGUGGGGCCCCCAAAGUGGGCAUCCUGGGCACUGGGGACUUUGCCCGGUCCCUGGCCACACGCCUGGUGCGCUCUGGUUUCAGCGUGGUGGUGGGAAGCCGCAACCCCAAACGCACGGCUGGGCUGUUUCCCUUGGCAGCACAGGUGGUGUUCCAGGUGGAGGCGGUGGACUCCUCUGAGGUCAUCUUUGUGGCCGUGUUCCGGGAACACUACUCCUCGCUGUGUGGGCUCAGCAGCCAGCUAGCCGGCAAGAUCUUGGUGGACGUGAGCAACCCCACAGAGCAGGAGCACCUUCAGCACCGCGAGUCCAAUGCUGAGUACCUGGCCGCCCUCUUCCCCACCUGCACAGUGGUCAAGGCCUUCAACGUCAUCUCUGCCUGGACCCUGCAGGCUGGCCCAAGGGAUGGGAACAGGCAGGUGCCCAUCUGUGGUGACCAGCCAGAAGCCAAGCGCGUCGUCUCCGAGCUGGCGCACGCCAUGGGCUUCAUGCCCGUGGACAUGGGGUCCCUGGCCGCGGCCCGGGAGGUGGAGGCCAGGCCGCUGCACCUCCUCCCGAGCUGGAAGGUGCCUGCCAUCCUGGCCCUGGGGCUCUUCGUCUUCUUCUACGCCUACAACUUCGUCCGGGAUGUGCUGCAGCCCUACGUGCAGGAGGGCAAGAGCAAGUUCUACAAGCUCCCCCUGUCCGUGGUCAACACGUCGCUGCCGUGCGUGGCCUACGUGCUGCUGUCACUGGUCUACCUGCCCGGCAUCCUGGCGGCCGCCCUGCAGCUGUGGCGCGGCACCAAGUACCGCCGCUUCCCCGACUGGCUGGACCACUGGCUGCAGCACCGCAAGCAGAUCGGCCUGCUCAGCUUCUUCUGCGCCGCCCUGCACGCCCUCUACAGCGUCUGCCUGCCCGUGCGCAUCUCCUACCGCUAUGACCUCGUCAACCUCGCCAUCAAGCAGGUCUUGACCAACAAGAGUCACCUCUGGGUUGAAGAGAAUGUCUGGCGGAUGGAGAUCUACCUCUCCCUGGGAGUGCUGGCCCUCGGCACGUUGUCUCUGCUGGCUGUCACCUCCCUGCCGUCCAUCGCAAACUCACUCAACUGGAGGGAGUUCAGCUUCGUUCAGUCCACUCUGGGCUUCGUGGCCCUGGUGCUGAGCACCCUGCACACCCUCACCUACGGCUGGACCCGCGCCUUCGAGGAAAGCCGCUACAAGUUCUACCUGCCUCCCACCUUCACGCUCACGCUGCUGGUGCCCUGCGUGGUCAUCCUGGCCAAAGCCCUGCUCCUCCUGCCCUGCUUAAGCCGCCGACUCUCCAAGAUCCGGAGAGGCUGGGAGAAGGACAGCGCCGUCAAGUUCACGCUGCCCGGGGACCACGCCCUGGGCCAGAAGACUAGCCACUUGUGAGGACUGCAGCCGGCUCCGACACCAGCCCCGCCAGGACGGCGCCUGCGCCUGUCAGGGCUGCUUUCUUGCUAUGGCGUAACUGUGCACAAACCGAUGGUUUGAAGCUCAAAUUCCUGGGACUCAAACGUAUUUAGUAAUAUUCAGAAUGACACGCACGUGUGUGCGAUACAUAGGUUCAUAUAUAUGUCAUAUAUAUAACAGGACUUGCAAUUAUACUCACUAGCUAAAA